CUGCCUUUGCUCUGUGGUUUCGCCAUGUCCGACUUCAAUGACCAUAUCGCUGCUAAAAGGAAGUAUUUGAGCCAGGAGGCCAGAAAAAUAUUUUGACAAAAGGGGGGCAAUUUGCCGCUUGCUAUGUAGAGAGAGAGGAUUCUCGGAUCCAUGGCCUUCCCCAGUUGUAUGAAUCUAGUGAGACGAUGGGUUCCUCUCUGCAUCAUAACUCUGCCUUUGCCGUGUGGUUUCGCCAUGUCCGACUUCAAUGACCAUAUAUAGCUGCUAAAAGGAAGUAUUUGAGCCAGGAGGCCAGAAAAAUGUUUUAUCAUGCGUAUGACAACUACCUGACCUAUGCCUUUCCGCAUGAUGAAUUGAAGCCUCUAUCAAAGUCUUUCACAGACUCUCUAAGCGAGCUCGGAAAUCUUAAGCUUGAGCAUUUACCUCAGAGCUAUAAUGGAUCUGCAUUGACUCUUAUCGAAUCAUUGUCAAGCCUUGUUGUCAUGGGUAACAACACAGAAUUUGAAAGAGCAGUUCUAUGGCUCAGUGAAAACCUUACGUUUGAUGUAGAUGCUCGGAUAAGUCUCUUUGAGUGCAACAUUAGAGUUCUUGGAGGCCUGGUUUCUGCCCAUCUUCUUGCUACUGAUUCUUCAAAAAGGCUAUCUCAAGGGAAGUACAACAAUGAGUUACUUGAUCUAGCUAAUGAUUUGGGGCGUCGUUUCUUAUGGGCAUUUAAUACUUCCACUGGCCUGCCCUAUGCAUGGAUUAAUCUUAAGCAUGGAGUGAUGGAAGAUGAAACAACAGAGACAAGCACAUCGGGGUGUGGUUCUCUCAUUCUUGAAAUGGGGGCAUUAUCGCGAUUGACUGGUAACCCUAUAUAUGACGCUGCAGCUUUACGUGCUCUUCGUAAACUAUGGAGUAUGAGAAGUUCUUUAAAUCUCUUGGGUACAACUUUGGAUGUGGAAACUGGGGAAUGGUUAGAGUACUCUUCUGGAAUUGGAGCCGGCAUUGAUUCAUUUUACGAGUACCUCUUGAAAGCUUACAUUCUUUUCGGAAGGGAUGAGUUUUGGCACAUGUUCCAUUCAUCAUAUUUGGCUGUUCAGAAACACUUCCGGCAUGGCCCAUGUUUCAGGUAUCAUGAGGCAGACAUGAGAACAGGAAAGGCUACUUAUUGGCAACUUACAAGCCUUCAAGCAUUUUGGCCAGGUCUUCAGGUUCUAGUUGGAGAUAUUCCAGCUGCGAAUUUAACUCAUCGUGAAUUUUUUUAUGUAUGGAAAAGGUUUGGAGUUUUACCGGAGAGAUAUUUACUCGAUCGGGCAAUGCUCCAUCCUACUGAAAAAUAUUAUCCUUUACGUCCCGAACUCGCAGAGUCCACUCUUUAUCUUUAUCAAGCUACAAAAGAUCCAUGGUACAUUGAUGUUGGGGAGUCAAUUAUGAAAUCUCUUAAUAUGUACACAAAAGUGGAUGGUGGAUUUGCAAGUAUAAGGGAUGUGAGUACCAUGCAACUUGAAGACCAUCAGCAUAGUUUUUUUCUUGCCGAAACGUGCAAAUACCUUUAUCUUCUCUUUGACAGUUCAUUUUUGGCCAGUGAAAAUUAUGUCUUUACCACUGAGGGCCAUCCUCUCCCAGUAAGAAGCUCCUGGCAUGAUUGGCUUCCAGAUGUCUCUAUGCCUACUGAUGUAACAAGUGUCAAGAUUAACAACCUAUCAACCAAAUCAAGCGCACUUUCAUCCCAAAUUUGCCCUGCUCUGUUAGCCACUUUAAAGGAGGACCAGCCGGUUGAGAGCGCAUGUCAUAUACAUGAUGGCCGAGCCAGCCAUAGAUGUGAGAGCCACGAAGAGUGUGGCAUUGAUUCGACCACAUGUAGGCAGAGAAGUUGUAGUCUAGCUGGCUAUUGUGGACUAUGGUUGUUGAUUUGAUUAUUUAUCAUCCACUUCGAAUGGUGUACCUCUCAAUUUUUUCGGAUGCCAAAUAAACAAGAUGACACCAUAUGCAGCGAAUUUUGCUAAUGCGGCAUUUAGUUUUGAGGUCUCAAGCUGCAAACCCAAAGAUAUGCAAUUACCUUCCCAAUUGCCGGGAAACUUUUCCUUUAAUGUAAUAUAGUGUUGUUCAUCAUGAUAUUUACAGAAUGAGAAAGAAGAAAACAAAGUGUGGUGAACUCCAGAUAAACCGUAAAUCUCUGUGGAUUGGGUUGUUUAACUGGGGUCUAGCAGACCCUUGAUAGUUCAAAGUAAAAUAUUUUCUUUUUUUUUUCUUAGAAGCAUUCUUCUAUGAUGAAAUAUGUAGUUCAACAUGAGGAAUGCAAUCCUUCACAGACUUUGAAUAAUGCGCUCAAUUUAUAAAUGGAUGCAGGAGAUUUCUGAUGCUAAA